AUGAUUGCGCUUGCUCACUCACACCAAAUUUAUAGGAAACAGUGUUUACUUGUGAAUGAAUCUACGACACUUCGUCGUCAUGCCGAAGCUAAUUUUGCGGGAAAGUAUCGACAAUGGGCAAAGGAGCACUCUUUCAAGUCGAUGUUACCGGGUGAUGUCAAGGCCCACAAGGAGAAGGCCGAGCAGGCGCAGCGGACCAUUAACUCGCAUCUGACUGAAUGCAAACUCUCUGAACGAGUCAUACCGUACUCGGAUAAGUUAUUCAAACAAGCUUCAAUUGAAUGGUUGGUUGCAACGGAUCAACCCAUCCAAGCCCUUGAACAUCCAAAGUUCCAGGAGAUGAUUUAUGUCGCUUCACGGGCGACAAAUAGUGUCAAAAUCCCCAGUUGCAAAGCCACCUGCGCCGAGAUCAUAUGA